ACAUUGGAUUUCCAGGCCAAAGAAUUCAAUUAAUGAUACUACUGAGACACAUUCUGGCUCAAAAAGAAAAUCUAAGGCAUUAGUGAAACGUAAUGCACUGAAGCGAUUGGAAAGUCAAAUCAACGAUAAUGCAACUGGAGUACUUGUACCUGAGCCUACUGAGAGUGAUUUAACUAGUGUCUCAGAGGUAGCUACUGUGGCUGAUCAAGUGGAACUACCAUUGUGUACUGGUACAUCAAUACAGACAGACACAUUGGAAACUGGAAACAAAAAAGUGCAGUGCAAUAUACAAUUGCUUAAAAGAAGUAAAUAUACACAAUGUUGUAUGACAGUCAUGAAAGAUACUGGUACCCAGACAGAUGUAGCUAUGGACAUUCCAUAUCCUGUCCAGGCAUCAUCACCCCUACAUUCAGGCUAUAGCUGUGAAUAUAAUUCUGAUUGCUAUGAACCAUCUAUAAGGAAUAGCAUAGAUACCUCAUUCAAUAUCAGUAUGCCUUAUGAUGCGCCACAUCCACCAAAUGAAAUAGCCCUCCAGCAUGAGAGGAAAUACAUGGUUUUCAAAUCGGCUUUAGAAAAACUAUUCACAUCUUGUUCAUCUUGUGGGUGUGUGGUGAAAGCAAUUUUUCUAGAAAAUGGCACCUGUGUAAACAUAUCUCAACUCUGUUCUGAGUGUGGCUACCAUCGAGAAUGGAGCAGUCAACCAAAAAUUCAUCAGACGCCUGUAGGGAACUUAUUGCUGUCUGCUGCUACACUAUUUACAGGUUGCUUAGUAGGUCAGACAAUGCAAUUUUUGGAUGCUCUGAAUCUUGCAAGAAUUUCGGAAUCAACAUUUUUUAAACACCAGAAAGACUAUCUGCAUGCCACAGUAGAAAAUGUUUUUUCAAAAGAACAGCAGGACAUCAUCAAUCACGUAAAAAUAGCAAACUUGAAUCUUAACCUUGCAGGAGAUGGGCGCAGCGACUCUCCUGGACAUAGUGCAAAAUAUGGUGCAUAUUCUGUCUUGGAAUGCCAAAUUAACAAGGUUCUGGAUAUUCAAAUUGUACAGAGUACUGAAGUUGCCAAUAGCAAUGCAUGCGAAUUGGAAGGGUUGAAAAGAUCUCUAUGUUUCCUUGAAGAGAAUGGACUGAUUAUUAAAUCCUUAACAACAGAUCGUCACACAUCGGUUUCAAAAUUCAUACGAACCGAAAAGAACUACAUAAGGCACUUUUAUGACAUUUGGCAUGUUGCUAAAGGGCUUAAAAAAAAAUUGGACCACAUAAGUUUAAAACAAGGGGGAGAGCUAGUAAACAGCUGGAAAAAAUCAAUCAUCAACCAUUUGUAUUGGUGUGCUGUUUCAACUGCAGAUGGUAAUGGUGACUUAAUGCUUGCCAAAUGGCAAAGCAUUUUAAAUCACUUGGUCAAUCAGCAUACAGGUCACCCAAAUUUGCUGUUUCCCUCAUGUUUACAUGGCAGUGAGUACAAUACAGAAAACAAAGAUUGGUUUGAGCCUGGAACUGAUGAUUAUGAAAGUGUGUGCAAAAUAUUGGACCAUUGCAAAUUAGAAAAAGAUAUUAAAAAACUAUCUCCAAUACACCAAACAGCUGCUCUGGAAUCAUUCCACAGUCUUGUGAUUAAAUUUGCACCAAAGCACACUGCUUUUUCUUAUUUAGGAAUGCGAAGCAGGUAGAUAAUACUAU